AUGGCCGAUAAACCCACAACUGCCCCUCAAGCAUCAACCAUCCCCACAAUGACCACCGCCGAAAAGUCGUCUUCUGGCUUCCUCAAGGUCAUCGCCUUCUUCGACCUCAUCGUCAAACUCGCCGCGACGGGCGCGCUCAUCGGAAUUCUCGUGCUACUUGUGCAGUUCAACAACAACAUCGACAAGCUCUUCAACGGGAGCAGAUCUCUCCCCGUUCGUGUCUCCGAUGCCGCGCCGUUGCGCAUCAUGCCUGGUUAUUCGGGCACCUUCGAUGUCCGUAUGACGAAUAACGCGAAUAACCCCGUGUGGUUCAAGGUGGACAAUUAA